AUGGCGUCAGUUUCAUGCUCAUUGCUGAACCUUCCUUCCCAAAUGAGAAACCUUACCCUAACUUCAAAUUCCGCUUCUUUAUCUUUCUCCCGCAACAUUUCUCACUUGGUCUUUUCACAAGGUAGGGUAUCGUUGAGUUCCGUACAGAGGCGCGGCGUUGUUGUUUGCGAGGCGGCUCCUCAAAAGGUUGAUUCCGCAGUUAAGAGAGCUCGACAAGCCGAGAAACGCCGCGUUUAUAACAAAGCUCGUAAAUCUGAGAUAAAAACACGUACCAAAAAGGUUUUGGAAGCACUGGCUCUGCUCAAAAAGAAAUCUGAUGCACAAGCCGAAGAAAUCCUGUCAAUUGAGAAGAUGAUUGGAGAGGCAUACUCUGUAAUUGACAAAGCAGUGAAAGUGGGCACAUUGCAUAGGAACACCGGAGCACAUCGCAAGUCUCGGCUUGCCAGAAGAAAGAGAGCAAUAGAAAUUCAUCAUGCACUCAAAGAACUUGACAUAAAUGUUUUGGUGCAUGGUGGUGACUCUGAUGAGCUAAGGUGUUGGAGUGGAUUUCAACUUACAUUUGUUAUUUUGUGA